UUAUCUUUAACUCUUUAACUCCAAACCACGUCGUGUGAGCAUCUGUCAAAGAUGAUUACCGACAAUCCGUUGGAGCACGACGUGCCCCAUUUCGUCGCCACCGUGUUUCAAGACAACCCAACCGGCUGGGGUCCUUGUGAAGUACCAGAUCAGUUUAAAGACAUACCUUAUCAGCCCUUCAGCAAAGGGGAUCGUCUAGGAAAAAUCAGCGAUUGGACCGGAGCCGCUUUUCAAGAUAAAAAAUACGCGAGUAAAUAUGCUUCUCAAUUUGGUUCUGGCAGUCAAUAUGCUUAUUACCAUGAUGAAGAUGAAAGCACUUUUCAUUUGGUUGAUACAACCCGUGUUCAAAAGCCGCCUUAUCAAAGAGGACGUUUCCGUCCUAAUCAAAGAAAUAUGAGAGGUCGUGGAGGAAGGGCCGGACAACAAUCAGGCAUGCAAGCUUUAGGAAAAGGCUUGAAAAGCCGUGAGAGGGAUCGUAAGGGACAAAUUAAAAAAUGGGGUCAAGGAAGACCUCAAAUUAAAAUUCGAGAUGCUUCGGUGACUGUUCGUCCUGAUUGGUCAACAAUCGAAGAGAUGGAUUUUCCACGGCUUGGGAAAUUAUCUUUACCAAAUAUAAAAGAUGGAGAAGAUGUGGGUUGUUAUGGUGAAUUGGAGUUCUAUGAUAAAUCCUAUGAUAGAGUCAAUGUUAAAAGUGAAAAACCAUUGCAAAGUGUUAAUCGAAUCUUUCAUACAGUUACCACAACUGAUGACCCAGUUAUACGUCAACUAAGUAAAACUGAGGGUAAUGUUUAUGCCACUGAUGCAAUUUUAGCAACAAUUAUGUGUUGUACUCGCUCAAAUUACUCUUGGGAUAUUGUAAUUGAAAAAAUUGGUAAUAAGUUGUUUUUUGAUAAACGUGACAACACCGAGUUUGAUCUAUUGACUGUAAAUGAAACUUCUGUUGAGCCACCUCAAGAUGAUGGAAACUCAUUAAAUUCGCCUCGAAAUCUUGCUUUGGAAGCGACGUUUAUUAAUCAUAAUUUCAGUCAACAGGUUCUUCGUACUGGUCCCAAUGAACCAAAAUACAAAUUUGAUAAUCCGAAUCCAUUCAUUUCUGACGAAGACGACGCUGGAGCUGAAAUCGCUUCAGUCGCUUAUCGUUAUCGCAAAUGGGAUCUUGGCAAUGAUAUCGUUUUAAUCGCCAGGUGCGAACAUGACGCUGUUGUUCAAUCACCCAACGGCGAACUCCAAUUUCUCACCAUCAAAGCCCUUAACGAAUGGGAUUCCAAACUGGCUAACGGCGUUGAAUGGCGUCAAAAAUUAGACACCCAGCGUGGUGCUGUUUUGGCUAACGAACUUCGAAAUAAUGCUUGUAAAUUGGCUAAAUGGACCGUUCAAGCUCUUUUAGCCGGUUCAGAUCAGAUUAAAUUCGGUUACGUUUCAAGAAGUCACGUAAGGGAUAAUAGUAGGCAUGUUAUUUUGGGCACCCAACAAUACAAGCCAAAUGAAUUCGCCACUCAAAUUAAUUUAAAUAUGGAUAAUGCUUGGGGUGUAUUAAGAUGCAUCGUGGAUUUGGUGAUGAAGCAGAAAGACGGGAAGUAUUUGAUUAUGAAGGAUCCCAACAAGCCGAUGAUUCGGUUGUAUGAUAUUCCGGAUAAUACUUUUGAAAGUGACGGUGAAAGUGAGGAGGAAGAUGAUGUUGUCGGAGGGAUUAUUUCUGAAUCUGGGACGUUUCAAGGAUUGUAUCAAUAUGGGGUGACUAAAAAAUGAACAAUGAAUAUUAAAAAAAAAGGAUUGAAAGAUUCUUUUUAAGUUUUUAUUUCCAGUUAAAAUUUUGAUUUAUUUCGGUGAGAGGAAUUUUCAUUAUAAAAACACAAUAACCAAUAAAUCUGUGCUUUGGAUUA